GUGGCGGCGAUGGCAAUACAUAAUAAUAACAACCGCAGCCGCAGCCACCCUCUUCCCGGGGGAAGGCCAUAAUACCCCCCGCGGGCGCGGGGUGCGCGCAGAGCUGCCAUGAGACGCGGCGCGGCCCGGACCCUGCUGCUCAACAUGUACCUGCCAGAUCCGGUUGGGGAAACUUUGUUCAAAGAAGGCAAAACCCAGACGUGGGGCUCGCUGGGACCAGGGGUGCAGAAAGGCAGUGGGCAAAUCCAGCUGUGGCAAUUCCUCCUGGAGCUGCUUUCGGACCGGGCCAACCUCAACUGCAUUGCCUGGGAAGGUACCAAUGGCGAAUUCAAACUGCUCGAUCCCGAUGAGGUGGCCAGGCGCUGGGGCGAACGGAAGAGCAAACCUAACAUGAACUAUGACAAGUUGAGCAGGGCCCUGCGCUACUAUUACGACAAGAACAUCAUGACCAAGGUUCACGGCAAGCGCUAUGCCUACAAGUUUGACUUCCAAGGCUUGGCCCAGGUCUGCCAGCCAGCUACACCUGAUCACACCUUGUACAAAUUCCAGGCACCCCUUCCCUUCUCUGGCAUCUCUAAACUCAACAUCAUGGCUUCAGGAGUGACCCCCACCAGUUUCUCAUACUGGCCAGGCUCUGCCCCAGCCCUGUACCCCAGCCAUGGCUUGCAGGCUUCAACGCCCUUCAGCACCAUGGCAACAUCUCAUAUCAACAAUAUGAACAGCCAUUACCAUUAGACUUCUUCUGGUGAGGAGCUGGGAGGAUAAAGUUUGACCCCUAAAUUUCAGCUUAAGAUAUUUCCAGUGCAGAAA